CGUGAGUGUAUAAAAAUGCGUGUCACCGUAUUUGUCAGGUGAAUUCAAACAAACUUUCCAAAAUCCCGCCCACAUUUCAAAUUUCAAAUCCUCUAAAACCCUUUUCAAAUUCUCUCGACCGUUACCCCCCUUUCUUCUGCAAAUACCCCUUUUCCCCUUUCUUUCCCCUCUUUCAUUUCCACCCCCAUUUCUCAGACACCAUCUCUGUGUCUUUCUCUCUCCUACAUUCCAAAAAAUGCCUCCGAAAAAGCAACCCCUUCAAACCAGCACCACCGUCAACAUCGAACCAAUGGAUUCCGACCACCUUCCGACCACCGGAAAAACCAUCGAAGAAAUGUACCAGAAAAAAACCCAGCUCGAACACAUCCUCCUUCGACCCGACACUUACGUCGGAUCCAUCGAAAAACACGAACAAUCUCUCUGGGUUUACGACCCAUUGGGUCAAAUGGUCUACCAAAAUGUCAGCUAUGUUCCUGGGCUCUACAAAAUCUUCGACGAGAUCCUCGUUAAUGCUGCUGAUAACAAGCAGAGGGAUCCGAAGAUGGAUCGAGUUGAAGUUGUGAUUAAACAGGAGGAGAAUUUGAUUAGUGUUUAUAAUACUGGAGAUGGUAUUCCGAUUGAAAUGCAUAAAGAAGAAGGUGUUUAUGUUCCUGAAUUGAUUUUUGGCCAUUUGUUGACCAGUUCUAACUAUAAUGAUGACGAAAAGAAGACGACUGGUGGUAGAAAUGGUUAUGGUGCUAAGCUUACUAAUAUUUUCUCUACUGAGUUUAUCAUUGAAACUGCUGAUGGAAAGCGUCAAUUGAAGUAUAAGCAGGCGUUUGGCAACAACAUGUCUCAAAAGGGAGUUCCUGUGAUUCAAAAGUGCAAGGCUGCUGAGAAUUGGACAAAAGUGACAUUUAGGCCAGACUUGUCCAAGUUCCAGAUGACCCAUCUCGAAGAUGAUGUGGUGGCCUUGAUGAAGAAAAGAGUUGUGGACUUGGCGGGAUGCCUGGCUGCGUGUCCUGGAAAGAAAGUAAGAGUGUUUUUGAAUGGAAAUGAGAUCCAGGUGAAGACGUUUCAUGAUUAUGCUCAGCUGUAUCUGAACUCUGCUAACAAUGCUAGAGGAGUUGAACUACCCAGGAUUGACAAUAACACUAAAGAAGAUAUGAAUCCAAGGUGGCAGAUCUCUGUCAGUCGCAGUGACGGGCAAUUUCAACAGGUCAGCUUUGUCAACAACAUAAACACGAUCAAAGGUGGGACUCAUGUCGAUUACAUAACAGCCCAAAUAACCAAAUGUGUGAUUGAUGCUGUUAAGAAGAAGAAGAAAGGUGCAAACCUCAAGCCACAUAUUGUGAAGAACCAUUUGUGGGUGUUUGUCAAUGCUCUUAUUGACAAUCCUGCAUUUGAUUCUCAGACAAAGGAAACCCUAACAACUCGCACAAACAGUUUUGGUACUACUUGUGAAUUGUCAGAAAAGUUCUUGAAGAAAGUGGUGGAAACUUCUGGUGUGGUGGAUAACCUCCUUGAAUGGGCUGACCUCAAGCAGUCCAAGGAACUAAAGAAAACUGAUGGGUCCAAGACAAGAAGGUUACUUGAUGUCCCUAAACUAGAAGAUGCCAAUGAGGCCGGAGGUAGCAAGUCUCACUUAUGCACUUUGAUUCUCACUGAAGGAGACUCAGCAAAAGCACUUGCUAUGUCUGGGCUCUCUGUUGUUAAGCGAGACUAUUAUGGUGUGUUUCCUCUGCGAGGAAAAUUGCUAAAUGUAAGGGAAGCAAGUGCUAAGCAGAUUACAGAAAAUGCGGAGAUUAAUAAUCUGAAAAAGAUUCUUGGGCUCAAGCAGGGAGAAAAGUAUGACAAGGAUAACAGUAUAAAGUCAUUGCGAUAUGGACAUCUAAUGAUCAUGGCUGAUCAGGAUCAUGAUGGUUCCCACAUCAAGGGGCUUAUAAUAAACUUUAUUCAUACAUUCUGGCCUCCAUUGCUGAGGAAUCCUUCCUUCAUGCAAGAGUUUAUUACCCCUAUAGUGAAGGCAAUUAAAGGAGAAGGGGAUAAAAAACAGGUUAUAGCUUUCUAUACCAUGCCUGAGUAUGAAGAGUGGAUCAGAAGCAUGGGAAGUAAUUUGAAAAGUUGGACCAUUAAGUACUAUAAGGGGUUGGGAACAAGUGACGCAAAUGAAGGAAAGGAGUACUUUUCAAAUCUCGAGAGGCACAGAAAGAUUUUCUGCUGGGAAAAUGACAAUGAUGGCAGUGCGAUUGAGCUGGCCUUUAGUAAGAAGAAGAUUGAAGCCAGGAAGGAUUGGCUUCGGGAAGACGAGGUUGGAAAUUUCCUCGAUCAUAACGAAGAAAUAAUUAAGUACAGUGAUUUUGUCCAUAAGGAACUGAAACUGUUUUCUAGAGCAGACCUUCAAAGAUCAAUCCCAUCCAUGGUAGAUGGGCUGAAGCCAACACAGAGGAAAGUCCUUUUUGCUGCAUUUAAGAAAAACUUGAUCAAUCAGGCAAAAGUUUCUCAGUUCAGUGGUUACGUAUCUGAGAAAUCAUCUUAUCAUCAUGGCGAGGCGAGUAUACAGAGCACAAUUGUUGGCAUGGCACAGAAUUUCGUUGGAUCCAAUAACAUCAAUCUUUUCAUGCCCCAUGGACAGUUCGGAACGCGUAACAUGGGUGGAAAAGAUGCUGCCAGCCCCAGAUAUAUACACACAAAGCUUACUGAAAUCACAAGAUUCCUGUUUCCCAAGGAUGACGAUAUGUUACUCAACUACUUAAAAGAUGAUGGCUUGACCAUUGAACCUCAAUGGUACAUGCCAAUAAUACCAACAGUUCUUGUCAAUGGAUCUGAAGGUAUUGGAACGGGUUGGAGUACAUUUAUUCCCAAUUAUAAUCCCAGAGACAUCAUUGCAAACAUCAGGCGUUUGCUAAACGAUGAGCCUUUGGUGCCUAUGGAUCCUUGGUACAAUAAUUUUAAGGGAACUAUCCAAAAAACUGCAAGGAAAGACACUGGAAUCACCUACACUGUUACUGGAAUUAUUGAGGUAGUUAAUGAAAGCAGCAUAGAUGAUCACAGUGUAGGUGAUGUAACUCUUAUAAUCACUGAGCUGCCGAUUCGGAAGUGGACCCAAGAUUAUAAGGACUUUUUGACGUCCCUUGCCAAGGAAGUGGAGAAGGGCAAGGAGCCAUUUGUCAAGGACUUUUGGGACAAUAGUACUGAUGACACUGUAAAAUUUGAGCUUUUAUUAACAAGGAAAAAUUAUAACCUUGCCAAGGAGGAGGGCUUGUUGAAGAAGUUUAAGCUCACAAGUACCCUCAGCACUAAUAACAUGCACCUCUUUGAUGAAGAAAAUAAGAUCGUUAAAUAUGAAUCUCCUGAAAAGAUUCUUGAGAAGUUCUAUCCGAUGAGAUUUGUAUACUAUACUAAAAGAAAGGAACAAAUCUUGGAGACAUAUCAUGCUGAGUUGGUGAAGAUAUCAAACCAAGUUAGGUUUAUCUUGGCAGUAGUAGAAGAUGAUAUUGUGGUGUGCAAGAGGAAGAAGGCGGAAUUGGUCAAUGAAUUGCGGCAGAAAGGGUUUGAUCCUAUCCCCAAGAAAAAAUCUGUUGAGUCAGCUGUUGUAGGUGCCACUGAUAAUAACGAUGAGACAGAGGAUCAGGAAGUCAGCGCUGAGAAUACUACAUCUACUGCUGACCAUUUGAGCGAUUAUGAUUAUCUGCUGUCCAUGACAAUAGGAAACUUGACUUAUGAGAAAGUGCAGGAGCUUUGUGACAAUAAGGAAAAAGUCAAAGAGAAAAUUGAACUGUUGAACAAGGAAACUGAAAGGUCUUUGUGGUCAAGGGAUCUUGAUGCUCUUGAGAAAGCUCUUCUUGAGAAGGAAAUAAGAGAAGAGAAGGAGGCCAAAAAGGCCAUGGAAAAAGUGAAAGCUUCUGCCCAAAAAGCGAAUAAGUCACGUAAGCAAAACAGGAAUGUGAGCAAAGCCAAAACUGUCAGUGACUCGAAUUUAGAUUCAGAAUAUCAGCCAGAGCAAGUAAAGGGAAAAGGCAAGGCAGGUCCCAGGAAGGCUCCAGCUAAGAAGCAAGCCAAGCCAACUGUUGUAGAUGAGGAAGAAGAGGAAGACAUUCCUUCUCUAAGCCAACGGCUUGCUGCCUCUCACUUGGAUUCUUCUCCAGAAAAAUCUGCUGAAAUGGAAACUGAUACCCCAAAAAAGGCUGAUGCCAAGAAGCAAUUUGCUGCAGUUGAUGAAAUAUCAGACAAUGAUGAUGACAUUGACCUUGAAAUUACAAAACCAGCUCAGAAAGGAAGGGGUAGACCUGCAAACCGCAAGGAACCCAAGCAAGCCGCUGUUACAAAAAAGAGGGGGCCUGUCAGUAAGAAAUCUCAAGCAGGGCAAAAGUUGAUAACUGAUACCUUCAAGGCUUCAGAUACAACUGAUACAUCUCCUGAGCAGAAGGUCAGGAGGAUGAGGCCUUUAGUCUUUUCUUUGGAUAGUAUUGAUGAAGCCAUGCCGGCAAGGCCUAGACCACAGCGAGCAAACAGGAAGCAGAUGACAUAUGUUCUGAGCGACUCUGAUAGCGAUGACUCUGAGCAGCCAGUGUCUGACAAUUUUUCUGAUGCGGAAGAUGAUGAUGAUGAUUCUGAAUUUGAAUAGGCAGUACAUCCACAUGAAAAUAUGCUAGUUUUCUAAUUGUAUAAUUUAACUUUAGUCUUGUGUUCCUGACUGCUUGUCAAACAAAUGCUGUUAUGGUGAACAAAUACAUUAGUUGUACCUAAAAGCUGUUGUACAACUUGUUGUAUGCAGAAUACACAGUUGUACAUAUUGAAAGAUGGCAAUUUCGGCAUGAAACAAAUUAACCCGAACCUGUUUGAUCC